UUUAGAUUCUGAUUUUAAUUUACAGUUCAUGAUCAUAUAUAUCAUUCAGGAAAAGCUAUGUUUUGGGGGUAUUGAUAAUGGCAAUUUUACCCUUCUGCAAGCAAAAAUGGAAAUAUUUAUUACCAAUUAAAAGAGAGGUGGAUGAGGCUCUAGAAGAGGCUGAAACAGUAGCAGAUGUUGUGGAGAAGGUGGCAGAGGGAGUGGAGAAGGUAGCUGAUAAGAUUGAAGAUGAGAUUGCAAAAGGAGGAAAGGUUAGUGAUGCAAUCCGUAUUGUUGAAGAAAUAGCAAAACAAGCAGCUAAGGAUGCAGAAGUAGCAGAAGAGAUCAUUCAAAAGGUGGAAGAGGUAGAGCAUGAGGUGGAGAAAGACAUAGAGUCAGUCGUAGAGCAUGAGUUGAAGAAAGGCAUAGAGUCAAUUGUGCCUACCAACAAUAAAGAGAAUGUGGUUUCCAAAGAAAACAUCAACAAAAGUAAAUUGUGA